CCUGGUGGAGGCUGCGGCAAGUGGCGAUACUUCCGCUGUCUCCGAUGCACGGGGGGAUCGCCGUGUUGAUUAUUUAUGUUGGAUCUUCACUGAAGCUGCAUUCUGAAUCAUAGCGCAAUCGUUUAGGAAUCUGAGCAAAUCCCGGGAGGCUGCGCCUUCCGAGUUCCAGCUUGCGUUCCCUCCUCCACUCAUCGGUGACCCGGACGCUGGGAGAUCUCGGCAGGAGAUCGGCCGAGGUCCGUGGCGGUGCUUUGCGUUCGAGCUUGUUUGCUCUCCGGCUACUCUCGGUUUGGACGAACGGUCGCGAUCCCGCAUGCGUGCUCCGUUUCACAGCUGAUGUUGGACGAGAGGGCGACCGCCGUGCUUUCUGUGACGUGCGGCCGCCCCGAAGGUGUGGUCAGUGGGAUGGAGGUUCUCCACACGGCCGAGUUGUGAGGUCCGGGCACUGAGGCUUAUCGCCAUAUUGGCGUGCGGCUCAUGCGAGAUGCCGCUUUAGCGCAUCGCGCAAUGGAAGAAACCAAGAUCAUCUACCACAUCGACGACGAGGAGACCCCGUACCUCGUCAAGGUGCCCGUGCCGCCCGAGCGCGUGACGCUCGCCGACUUCAAGAAUGUCCUCAACAGGCCCAACUUCAAGUUCUUCUUCAAGUCGAUGGACGAUGAUUUCGGGGUUGUAAAGGAAGAAAUUGUUGAAGAUGACUGCCGAUUGCCUUGUUUCAAUGGUCGUGUGGUCUCAUGGCUUGUGUCAGCAGAUGGGAGCAGCGUUGUGUCUGAAGGAACUGAAACACACCGGCCACGCCCAUUUCCCGAUGCAGCAGAGACCAGCUUUACUGAGUCGGAGUCUGCCAUUAGCUCCCACAAAGAGCACCACCACCACCAUCAAAGAGGGCCUGGCCGUCAUCGAGAUAAAGCCGGCCGUUCCAAUGGACAUGCAGCAGCUAAGCCAGGGGCAGCCUCGGUUCUAACCACCAGUGACAUAGAAACCACAAGCUUCUUAGACUCUGAGGAUGAGACUACCAGCCGGAUUUCGACCACCACUGAGGAGAGUAGCGUGUCUCGAAUUUAUGCAAGGCACCGGCGUAGGCGGCGAAAGAAGAUGCCUCCCAUGAGUCGGACUUCUUCAAUCAGCAGCAUCACGGACAGCACGCUGUCGUUAAACAUCAUCACUGUCACGUUAAACUUGGAUACGGUCAACUUUCUUGGGAUUAGCAUAGUGGGCCAAUCGAACAAAGGUGGAGAUGGUGGCAUCUAUGUGGGCUCUAUCAUGAAAGGGGGUGCUGUUGCGUUGGAUGGUCGCAUUGAGCCAGGCGACAUGAUACUUCAAGUGAACGACAUCAACUUUGAGAACAUGAGCAACGACGAUGCUGUGCGGGUGUUACGAGAGACUGUGCAAAAACCUGGCCCCAUCAAGUUGGUGGUGGCCAAGUGUUGGGACCCCAACCCUAAAGGCUACUUCACCAUCCCACGCACCGAGCCCGUGCGCCCCAUCGACCCAGGAGCUUGGGUGGCACAUACAGAGGCUGCACGCGGUUCUUCCUCUGCCAUUGGCCACUCGCGGCUCUCGCUGGCCCGGCCUUCGCUCCGUCAACCGCUGCUUUACGACGGGCCUUUGAGGCCACCAUCUGUUUCCACCCUCACCUCCACUUCAUCGUCAGUCACUUCGUCGGUGCCCGAGUCAGAGAGGCAGCUCCAGGAGCCACCACUGACUGUGGAGACUGACAUGGAGACAAUCGUGAAAGCCAUGGCAGCUCCCGAUUCAGGACUGGACGUGAGGGACCGCAUGUGGCUCAAGAUCACUAUCCCGAAGGCCUUUAUAGGGGUGGAUGUGGUAGACUGGCUCACAACACACGUGCAGGGCUUUCAAGACCGCAAGGAAGCCAAGAAGUAUGCUAACCAGCUACUCAAGGCGGGCCUCAUUCGGCACACUGUCAACAAACUUUCCUUCUCUGAGCAGUGUUACUACGUGUUCAGCGACCUUUCCCUUGACAUGUGCUCACUGCGUCUUCAAGAAGAGGACGAGGAAGGUGGGGCUGGGGGCAUGGUGCCCCCCUGGGGCUGCUUGGGUCCCCUACUGCCAGCCGGGUACGUGUGUGGCAGCACGGCUGCCCCGAGUGCUGCCGAGACACAACUGGCCUCCUACGUCAACUAUGCUCGUGAGGGGAGCACCCAUUCGGGAUCUGGGGGCAGUGGCGGACCACCCGCGGAGUCUAGCCGCAGCGUGGACGGUGCCGAGGGCUCUCAAGAACUGACCGGUAGUAGGCAGUCCUUCCGCAUGGCCAUGGGCAACCCCUGCGAGCUCUUUGUGGACGUCAUGUGACGCGUGCAUGAGCAUGCCACUGUCCCACAACCGACGAGCUCCAUGAGGGUACAACACUACACUUGUGUCAGCUGUGACACCUUGCACACAACACUUAUCACCUCUCAAGUAGCUCACGAAAGGCCUUGAUGCCCUGUAUUUUAUGGCUUGCGAAACACAGUGUGCCGUUACACUUUCUACAUACCGUAAUGUAGAAGACUUGAAUACAAUUCUGUAUUUUCAACUGCCA